UUUUAAAAAGUUCAAUCAACUUUAGAGUAGAUAUUGCUUUGCAGUUUUCUUUAUUACAUGUGUUCAAAAUCCUCAAUGGAAUCAAAUUUGGCAAAAGAAUUUAUCCCUAUAAACAAUAUACGCAAAUUCGAUACUGAAUGGAUAAUAAAGGUCUUAGUCAUUGAAAGAGGAUUGAUAAUAAAAUAUACUAAUGCAAUAGGUGAUGAAUCAAUUGCAGUUGACUUUUGCGGACGAAGAGGAAACAAAGAUCCAGAUGGUAUUUUUCAAUGACCAUGAGAAGGAUUCUAACCGUAACUAUUUAUCUGUGAACAAGGAGAUGGAAAUAUCUUUUACCAAUUAUACUAUAGUAGACGAAUGCAAGAGCUAUUUUUCAAUGAUAAAUUUUUUCAAUAAUUUUCUAUUUUUGGAAGAUGCAACAAAAUCCCACAAUGGAACAUUAUUUGCAGAUGUAGUUUGCAUACUGAUUAAAGCAAAGGCACCAAUGGGAGAAGGAAAAACAAAGAGGAGACAAAUAAUCCUUCCAGGCGAAAGAUAAAUUAAAAUUGGUUAAAUUAUUUAAUAUUUAUCUUAUGUAACAUAGUAGAUAAAAUGUCAAUUUAAAACAAUUAAUUUUAAUUUUUAUUGUCAAAUUUAGAAUUGAUCGGAGAAUUGUGACUCUAUGGGGUGACCUAGCUGACAAAUACGGUGAAAUAUUACAAUAAUUAGGCAAUGAAAAAUCAGUUAUAGCAUUUUGUGAUGUCAAAGGAUCAACUUAUUAAAGUAAUAAUACAUAACAACUUUUUAUAUUCAUAA